AUGCCUCAGGGUUCAUCAAUGUGGAAGCAGCUUCUCAAGCUAAGAUCCACUGCCAAAACAUUCCUCUCUUGCAAAGUUGGAAAUGGUCUCCUGUUAGACUCAACUGUGGCCAAGGCUCGCACUAGUGAUGGAUGGAUCUUUAGAGGUGCCCGCAGCAAUGAGACUGAACUCCUCUUAAGACAUCUCGCUGAAAUAGAAAUUAAUGAGGAUGUUAAGGACACCUACUUAUGGGCUAGACCACAUGGAGAUCCUAGAAACCAGUUCAAUUUCGCUGAAACUUGGAAGCUCGUUAAGACACAUUCACAAGAGGUGACUUGGCACCACCAGGUCUGGUUUUCAGGGUCUAUCCCAAAGCACUCUUUUAUUUUGUGGUUAAGUUGCCUAGAUAGACUUCCAACUCUAUCAAGGCUCAGAAAAUGGGGAAUCUUAGAAGAUGAUACUUGCUACCUUUGCGAGAUCUACUUUGAGACAAGAGAUCAUCUCUUUCUAACCUGCCCAUAUAGCUAUGACCUUUGGAGAUGGGGUCUUGAAAAACUUCAGAUCCCAUUCGCAGGCUUCAACAACUGGGAUAGGUUCCUCAUGUGGCUUAAAGCUACAUCAAAUGACCCCAAAAUGGCGCCAUUAAAGCUUCUCUUGGCUCAAGCAGUUAUUUACUCUCUUUGGCAUGAAAGAAAUGCUCGCAUCUAUACCGGUAUUCGCACUCCGGUCGAAGCUCUUUUCCCUAUUCUUGAUAGGCGAAUCCGAAACACUUGCCUAGCGAGGAAAGACAUUCCAAAGUUCCAAGGCAUGCUUAAUCUAUGGUUUAGAGGACUCUUUCUCUAA